AGUUUCCGUUUCACAUUCCAUCACCAUCACCGUUACAAUAUAUUCACAAUAACCUCUUCACGUUCACCUUCAUCAAUUCACCAUCAUGGCUCAUCUUUCUCUUGCCAUCGUUCUUUCUCUCUCUUUUUUGUCUCUUGCAUGUUCCCUAGACAUGUCCAUCAUUGAUUACGAUGCAAAACUUGAGGCUGCGAAGACAGAUGCUCACCUCAUGAAAGUUUAUGAAUCGUGGUUGGUGAAACAUGGUAAGGUUUAUAAUGCUUUGGGUGAGAAAGAAAGUAGAUUUGAAAUCUUUAAAGAUAACCUGCGGUUCGUCGAAAGUCAUAACAGUUUGGAGGGUCAAACGUAUAAGUUGGGUCUCACGAAGUUUGCUGAUCUCACCAAUGAGGAAUACCGUUCCAUGGUAUUGGGUACAAAAAGUAGAAAAUCCAAAGGGUUGUUAUCUGGGGCGAAGAAGAGUACCCGUUAUGCUUUUCGUGAUAGCGAUGAAUUGCCGGAAUCUGUUGAUUGGAGGGAGAAAGGUGCUGUUAAUCAGGUCAAAGAUCAAGGCCAAUGUGGGAGUUGUUGGGCAUUCUCAACCGUUGGUGCGGUGGAAGGGAUCAACCAAAUUGUAACUGGUGAACUCAUAUCUUUAUCUGAACAAGAAUUGGUGGAUUGUGAUAAAGGUUAUAACAUGGGGUGCAAUGGUGGUAUCAUGGAUAAUGCUUUUGAAUUUAUAAUACAAAAUGGUGGCAUUGAUACCGAAGAGGAUUAUCCUUACCGCGCUAAGGACAAUACUUGUGAUAUCAACAGGAAAAAUGCUCGAGUGGUAUCUAUUGAUGGAUAUGAAGAUGUGCCUGAAAAUGAUGAGAAAGCUUUGAAGAAGGCUGCUGCACAUCAACCUAUUAGUGUUGCCAUUGAAGCGGGUGGCAGGGCAUUUCAGCUUUACCAAUCUGGUGUUUUUACUGGCCUAUGUGGAACAGAUCUUGAUCAUGGUGUUGUGUUGGUUGGAUACGGAACCGAAAACGGUACUGAUUAUUGGAUUGUGAGGAACUCAUGGGGACCAUCAUGGGGAGAGAAUGGUUACAUUAAGUUGGAGAGGAAUGUUGUAGUUGCCAACAAUACUGGUAAGUGUGGAAUUGCAAUGAUGGCAUCCUAUCCUACCAAGAAGGGUCUAAACCCUCCCAACCCUGGUCCUACUCCUCCAUCACCUGUAAAGCCUUCAACUGUUUGUGAUGAAUAUUACUCUUGCUCAACUGGAUCCACAUGUUGUUGCCUCUUUGAGUAUGGAAACUAUUGCUUUGCAUGGGGAUGCUGCCCUGCUCAGUCUGCAACUUGCUGCGACGACGGUUCUAGCUGCUGUCCUCCCGACUACCCCGUCUGUGAUUCUCAAGCCGGAACUUGCCGAUUGACUAAAGAUAAUCCAUUUGGAGUGAAAGCUUUGAAAAGAACACCUGCUACAAGUACUUUGAAGAUGACUCAGAGAAAAGCUGCCAUGAAGAACAACAAUUAGUGAGAAAAGAUGGUGGAAUGGUCAUUGUUGGUUUAGGCACAAAAAGUUUACAAUCUAUCAUGUAUAUACAACGAAGCAUCAUGCUAUUGGAAUAUUGAUCCUUUAUAUAGAUUGUAUAGAUUUACAUAUUCUUGAUUC